AUGGAACAAAACCUCAUCCACAAAAGGCUGAAGCCCCACAGGGAUGAAGAGACCUUUUGCUGCUCUAGAGCAAACAAGCAAUGGGCAAAAAGUCAGCUGUGUUGGUCAGUGUCUCUGGACCUUCAGUACCACUUUAUAGAUAAGAAGAUGUCGUGGUCUGAGGCUCAGAGUCACUGCAGAGAGCAGCACACAGACCUGGCCUCAGUGAACGACAUGAAGGACCUGAAGAACCUGAAGGCUGCUGCAAACGGACGCACGGACGCCUGGAUCGGACUUCAUCAAACCAGUGACAAACUCACAGACAGGAAAUGGCACUGGUCUCAGCCCACAGUCAGAUACAAGGAAGGAGAAGCUCCGUGGGGACCAGGGGACCCUGAUGAUAAGGGAGGACAGGAGAACUGUGGCAGGAUGUACAGUGAUGGCAGAUGGAUUGAUUCUCACUGUCAUCAAACACCCAGUUGUUUUUUCUGCUACAACGACUCCUCGAACCACCUGCAGGUCUCAAAGGUCACACUGUGGUGA